AUGGUCGACUGCGACCCGCACAGCUGUAGCGCUGGACCCGCGUGGAAGGACGCCGUCGGGCAGCUGCGACGGAUCGAGAGGGACGACCGGGCGUUCGUAGACGCCGCCCCGAACACCGAGAGAAACCUGGUGCGACCGAACGCGGCCAGGCUGUACGUUAGAUAUAUGGUGGCUAUUAACGAACUAACAGUAUGUCAUGACUGCAUUAUACAACCACAGUUACGGAUUUUCAUAAAAAAAUUAUUAAUGUGCACUUUUGGUCGCAUUCUUGAGCUCAAACAAAUCCUUAUUGAUGAAGACUUGUCAAUAUACACACCGAUAAUUGAAGAAUUGAAUAAUAUGAAAAUAACCUAUGACCAGUUUGAAUUAAAAAUACCUCGAUUUAAUCGAAAUGAGAGACGAUCAUUUUUAAAUGAUAUGGACAAUAAAAUUGAUGAAAUAAAUAACCGUAUUGUGAUAGAUGAAAACGAUAACUCAUUAAGCGAAAUAAGAAAUGAAAAUAUUGAAACAGAAGAUACAAAGCUGUCCAGUACUAGUCAACAAUCGUCGGAAUCUCAAUUUGAUGUUGAAAAAUUUGUUUUUGAUGUUGAACCUGUACAUACAUUUCACAAAAUUAUAAUUGAAGACAAUUCAAGAGAAUUGGCUAUAAAAUUCAUUCAAAAACAUAUUAGAGCAGUGAAAGAUCGUGUAACUGUCAAUGAAUUAAUAUUUGCUAGAAUAACUAGAAACAACAUAAUAUCUGGGAAAUAUAAACAACCUAGUAAAGAAAAAGGUAGAGAAGCGGCAGUCAAAAUUCAACGAUGUUGGAGAUAUUAUCGAUUAAUGAUUCAAACUAAAGCUAGAAUACAAAGACGACACACUCUACUUGGUAUGCAUAUAACUAGUGAAAAACUAAAUUUUAAUAUUAAUCAUGAGAUAGAGGAUACAAUUCAAAUACAACAAACUGAAGCAGACUCAGAGUAUCGUAAAGUCAUAACUAAAUUAGAAGAAAAUUUUGUCCAACGCAACAAAUAUGAAUUAAUAGAAGAUAUUGAAGAUGAGCUUAGAGCGUACGUAUGGAAAUAUUUUGAAAUUUGUCACCAUUUACCAACGUGGCCAGAUUCAAAACCUAUCAUGUUCUCUGACGAUAAUAAUAAUAUUAUUGGAUUACCACCGAUAAUUUUAUCGCCAGCUAUUUUAAAAGAGUUAAAUAUACCUGAUAUACAUUAUAAGUCAGCAUUAAAACAACGAUUACCGCUUGGAGGUUCGGCUAUUUUUCAUACAGGAAGGUGGAUGACCAUAGAAAUGGCUGAAAUACUUUCCAUGUUGAUUAUAGAAUUUGAAAAGAAACCCGCAAAAGAGAGAAAAGAACUAAUGAAACAAUUAGCAGAAAAAAAUAAAGCUGAAAAAGAAAAAAAUUUAGAAACCGCAAAAACUAAGGAAAAGUUAAUGGCAGCAAUUAAAAUUUUGGGCGUCGUUUUAGAACCAAGUGGAUUAAUAGAAUGGUUUAAAGAUACAUUUAAUGAAUAUGAUAGUAAUUGGGCAUUAUAUAAUGGAAUAGGAAAUAAACCUAGGGAAGAUCUAAUAAAAUCUGAAAUUUAUUCAAAGGCUCAGGUGGAACUCAGAGCUGUAGUUGACGAAACUAUUAAGGAAGAAUUAAUUUUUUUAAAAAUGGCAUAUGCUCGAGAUUUAAAAAAGAAAUAUAAAGAUCCAAAAAAGAAGAAAACAAAAAAGUCUAAAAAAAAACGUAAAGCAAACAAAAUAAAACCUAAUCCAGAUGAAAUCCUUGAAGAAUUGGUUAAAAACAAUCUAAUUAAAAAAUCUGUAACCUCUAGAUUCGUCGAUUUUGAAGGUGAAGUUUCAUUAAGUGCUUAUGUAUUAAGAAAAGAACCCUACUACUCUGAUCCACCGUAUGGUUUAGGUGAUAUACGUCAAAUUAUCAAAGAGUUAUGUGUAAUUGGUUUGAUUUUUGAGGAGCUUCGUACAUUAAAGAAUAUUAAAUUCAGUCAAUCACUAUUGAUAGCUGGUCCCGAAAAGUCUGGUAAAUCAAUAUUAAUAAAUGCAAUAUGUGCAGAAACUGGAUCAUUAAAGAUCGAACUAACACUUAAAAACGUGUCAGAAAAUUAUCCAGAACUUCCAAAAAUAAAUCAAUUAGUUAAAAAUAUUAUAACGUUUGCUAAAACAUAUCAACCAGUUGUAAUUGAAGUGGAUUUAGCAGAUGUUCCUUUUUAUAAGAAUAUUCCAAAAGAUUUAAAAGUAUACAAACCAAAUUUGAUGCAGAAGUUGUUGAUAAAACUUAUGAAAUCUUUAAGCAAAUCUGAUCGUAUUAUAGUAAUAGGAAAAGCAAGAAGCCCUUGGUUAACUACCAAAAAAAAAUUAUCAAGUAUAUUCGAGACCAUUGUGUUCACCGUACCUGACACUUGUACUAUAUUUAUAUUUCUCAACGAAUUAUUAAUGAGCUAUCCAGUAGUUAGCCGAACAUUUCCAGUUACACCAUUGGCCACGAUGUUGGCCGGUUACUCAAGGCAGAUGAUAGCCGACAUUGUAGCCGAAGUAAUGACCACUGAACGGGUGCUAACACUCAGGCAACAUCCAUUGGACCCCACAGAGUUCGUGCCCACAAUAUUAAAAUAUCCUAAGCAGAACCCUCAACAAUUUGAACAAUACUAUAAGUGGUAUAACAAAUAUGUACCUAUAGGUGAAAGAAAAGUAUUAGAAAUGGAA